AGGAAAACUGUGGUAGAAAAAAGAGAGGGCGCCUUAUACCAAACUCUGGUUGCCCCGCCGGAACCUCGUUGAGAAGAUGGAAGCUUCCAAUGUUGAAAUCGCGUCCUUCAUGACGGAAUUCCUCCGGCAGGCCGGUGGAGUAGCCGUCAUUGAUGGUGGCUUGGCAACGGAGCUCGAACGCCACGGUGCUGACCUCAACGAUCCCCUCUGGAGCGCCAAAUCCCUCCUCACUUCUCCUCAUCUCGUUCGCUCCGUACACCUUGACUACCUUGAAGCUGGUGCAGAUAUUAUUAUCACUGCAUCUUAUCAGGCCACCAUUCAAGGUUUUGAGGCAAAGGGCUUCUCUAGACAAGAAAGUGAAGCCAUACUUAAAAAAAGUGUUGAAAUUGCUCGUGAGGCACGGGAUAUGUAUAUUGAAAAUUGUAGUAAAAGUUCCUGUGAAGGGGUAGAAGAUGGUAAGCUUCUGAAGAAUCGUCCAAUUUUAAUUGCAGCAUCUGUGGGCAGCUAUGGAGCUUAUUUAGCUGAUGGAUCUGAGUACAGUGGAAACUAUGGUGACUCAAUCACAAUAGAAAAUUUGAAGGAUUUUCAUCGUAGAAGGAUUCAGAUCCUGGCAGAAUCAGGUGCUGACCUCAUAGCAUUUGAAACCGUUCCAAACAAGAUAGAAGCCCAGGCAUAUGCAGAGCUCUUAGAGGAAGAAGGCAUAAAGAUCCCUGCAUGGUUUUCUUUCAAUUCAAAAGAUGGUGUCAAUGUCGUUAGUGGGGACUCUCUGCUUGAAUGUGUGUCAAUUGCAGAAUCAUGCAAGAGAGUGGUUGCUGUUGGAAUCAAUUGCACACCUCCUCGGUUUAUUCACGGACUAAUUUUAGCUAUCAAGAAGGUCACUGCCAAACCAAUAGUUAUAUAUCCAAACAGUGGUGAGAGAUAUGAUGCUGAACGAAAAGAGUGGGUGGAAAAUACUGGGGUCUCAGAUGAAGAUUUUGUCUCUUAUGUGAACAAGUGGUGUGAGGUCGGCGCUUCCCUUGUAGGAGGGUGUUGCAGAACAACUCCAAAUACAAUCAGAGCUAUAUAUAUGACUCUCUCCAGCAAAUCUCAUGCUUAACCAAUGUAAUACCUGUAUUGACUUCAAAUGGACGGAGCAACUUUACCUUUAAGUUCAACCAAGAUGCUGAGGCCUGAACGAGCUUGCAUCAAGAUUUUUAAAGUUCUUCCGGGUUUGUUGUUUAGAUAGGCCUUCUUGCUGCAAGCUUUUCCUGCCAUUAAGGCUCAAUUGCUGCUUGUAGUUAAUGAGAUGUAUGUUUCAUUAAAUCCCGUAUAGAGUGCAGUCCAUUUUAGGCUUUGAGAGAUUUGAGUUUCAACUAGCAUCAGCCGUAAUGCUUGUGUACAGUAUAAUAAUAAUCAGCCUGUUCAGAGCAAUAUAUUGCCUAAGUAACAAAGGAGGAUUUGUACCUCACUUAUAUGUUAUCCCAUUCAGACUAAAAAUCUCAUAUUUUC